ACACACUUUUGGAUUAAAAUCGUCUCCAUUCACAUGCAUCGAAUGCACUAAAGCUGCAGCUCGAAGACACAUCGACGUUUAUCCGGCGGCAGCUAAAGCCAUGCUCGAGAGCACGAUAGUUGACGACGUCCUCACGAGCGUGGAUAGCGAAGAUGCAGCCAUGGAAGUAAUCGACCAACUUAAAAAGAUUUAUGAGACCAUUGGAAUGCAAAUUCGGAAGUUUGCCUCCAAUAGUAAGUCAAUUAUGGACUCUCUUGAUCCAGAUCAAAAGGCUCCAAACAUCGAAUUGACUGAUAAAUCAAUGCUAGAUUCACCCAUGCCUGUAAUUCGUGUACUUGGACUUAUAUAUUUAGCUGAGAGAGAUGUCUUCACCUUUCGAUUCAGCUACGACAAAGAUAAAGAAAACUACACGAAGGCUCAAAUGUUAAGCAUCAUUGCUUCUCUGUUCGAUCCAUUGUCCUUUUUAGCCCCAUUCACCAUUAAGUCCAGAAUUCUGUUUCAGAAAAUAUGGUCAUUUGAU